UAAUAAUAACAACAUAAACAAUAAAUGCAAUAAAACGACCAACACUAGCCAAUAUUAACAACUGCAACUGCAACUGCAACAGCAAGAAGAACAGUAACAGCAACAAGAACACAGCAACGACAACAAUAAGCCACACACAUGUUGCUGCUACAAUUGGAACGAUCACAACGAGAGGAGCAACAGCAACUAAGAUGCUCAGCGCUGCCAAUGCAACAACAACAGCAGCAACAGCAACACACACUGGAGCUACAGUUGCAGCAAUUGCCGCUGGCGAAACUUAUGUCAUAACAAAUAAACAUCUCCAUCAACAGCAGCAGCAGCAACAGCAACAUUUUGUUGUUGCCGCCAACACAAUGGUUAUACCUGCGACAGCAGUCGCCGGUAUACCAACAGCAACAACCACAGCAGCAGCAGCAGCAGCACAGCAGCAACAACAGCAGCAGCAGCAGCAACAACAGCAGCAGCAGCAACAUGUGUUGUUUCAGCCCCAAUUACAGUUACAAACAGCAGCAACACCUCAGCAGCCAUCGCAGCCACCGCGCCAGCAUCCCAAGAAGCGUAAAUUUGAUCCAGCUGAGCUGGACAAAGUCGAGCAACAGCAACAGCAGCCACAACUGCCACAGCAGCAGCAGCAACAACAGCAGCAGCAGCAGCACAUGUUGUACAAGCAACAGAAACCCGCCGAAACGAAUGGCAACAACAGCGAUCCGAUUGCCAAUCGCAAUAUUGCUGCUGUGCAGCAAAAUGCGUUGCCUUUGCGCACAAUGAUUGUCAGUCCGGCAGCAGCAAUCAAUUGUGCAGUUGCUGGUGCUGGUGCAGGCGCCGGCAACAGUAACAGCAACAGCAACAACAAUAAUGAGAACAUCAGGCAGCAGCAGCAGCAGCAGCAGCAACAUCAACAGCAACGUAUUAUAAUCGCAUCGCCGCUGCAAAAUGCGACCAGUACUUACAAGCAACACGUUGCUGUCGGCAGCAGCAGCAGCAGCAACAAUAGCAACAGCAACAACAAUAACAGCAACAGUCAUGCAGCAAUCAAUCAUUUGCGCGCACACACGCCCCUCUACUAUCAGCAACAGCAGCAACCACGUUUUAGCUUUAACUCACACAAUCAGCAACAUGUACAGGAACAACAGCAACAGCAGCAACACACACAGCAGCAACAUACGCAGCCGCAGCAGCAGCAGCAACACGCUGCUGAACCUGCUGCUCUACUCGAUCUCAGCGAAUGGACUAAUACGCGUGUCCUGGCCAAAGUUGGCAAGUGUUAUGCCCCCGGCAAAAUACAGCAAGUGCAGGAGCCAGUAGCAAGCACGACAUCGACAUCGACCACGCCUACGGCCAAUACGCCCCACUCAAUACUCGUGAAAUUCGAUGCCGCCGAGUUUGGUCAGCAACUGUAUCAGGAUGUGCUGCAACAGGGACGCUACAAUGUGAUACUCGAUGCCAGUCCACCCAUGGCGGAUAUCACGCUGGAGGCGCGCGUCUGUGUUCGCCAAAAUCUCGAAGGGCGAACCGUUGACUGCGUCUAUGUGGAGGGCAUACUCUUGGACAUCAAUCAGGGAACCAAGCAAUACACCGUGCAAUUAGCCAAUGAUGAGUUGCCCAAUACAAAAGUGGUGCGCCGUGCGGAUUUGCGUCUGCUGCUGCCGCCAUGGUGGGAUGAGCUGAACGAGCUGGUGCCGACAGCAGCGACAUCAACGCCAGCUGGCGGCAGCAAUGGCAAACGCAAGUCGGAGCAGGCAUCCGGCGGAGCGGCAAGUGCUGGCAGUGGAUUGUAUCAUCCCAAGGCGUUUGUGGCCACACGCUAUGAUGGCAAGCUGCCGACGAGCACGCCACAGCAGCUCCCAAAACAAGAGUAUUAUCGGGCGGCUGCCACGUCGCCGUUUCAGGGCGGUGUGGUGCCACCGCCGCCGCCGGCUUUGGCGCAUAUUGAGCACCAGCAGCCGCACCACCAGCACGCCGCCAAUGGUCUGCCGGAUAUUGUGAUCUCGCCGGGCAGCAAUGGACAGCAGCAGCAGCAACAGCAGCAGCACCAUCAACAACAUAAAAUGCAUGUGCCAUCGCCAGCGCAGCAACAGCAGCAACAGCAACAACAGCAGCAACAGCAGCAGCAGCGGAGCUACGACGACUACGACUCCGAUGAUGAACUGAAGCGCGUCGGCAUCGAUUACUCACCGGCCGCUGGCGAUGUGGAUGCCGAGAAGAUGAGCGCCUGCAGCAAGCGGAGCAGCAUGCAGAGUCGCGGCAGCACAUCCAGCUUACUCGAUCAGAGGCUGACACCACGAUCUCAUCCAGCAACUCCAAGAUCUCAGGCAACGACGCCGCAUCGCUUCAAGAAGGGCGACAUUGUGGAAUCGGAAUCCGGAGUGCGCAAGAAGUACAAUGGCAAGCAAUGGCGACGUCUCUGCAUGCUGUGCAUGAAAGAAUCUCAGCGGCGCGGCUUUUGUUCCAGACAUUUGAAUCAGAAGGGCAACAAUGCGCAGCCCUCAUCAACGGGGCCGGGACGUUUUCUCAGUGAUAGCCGCUCGAGCAGCAAGACACAGAACGAUGAGGACACCUCACGCGAUUCGGAAACAUCGCCCAACUAUCGGGUCACCGGUCGCUAUGAUCAGGAAGAGACCGAUGUGGCAGUCAUGUUAGUGUCAUUGAGCAGCUCGCGGUCUGCAACGCCUUCGUAUACAUCACCCGUGAAUAAUGCCGGCGCCUCGCCGCUAAAUGCCAUCACCCACUCGCCGAUCAGUGUUUCCAAUCAUAGGCAGAACUUUUUUACGCCUAUUGCGAAUCAGUCGCAGCAGCAGCAACAACAACAACAGCAACAUGUGCCUGCUGCUGUUGCAGCUGCAGUGCCGCUGGACAGCAAGUGGAAGACAACACCCAGUCCAGUGUUGUACAACACGAACAGCAGCAGCAGCAACAACAACAACAACAACAAUGGCUGGGAGAGCAGUCAAGCUGUGCAGCAACAACAACAACAGCAUCAGCCACCGCCACCGCCACAAACGGCGGCCGUUUCGCUUGUGAUGCAUGCACCGCCGCCACAACAGCAACAACAACCACCUGCCGCUCAUCUCAAUGCGCUGCCAGCGCCACCAGUGCCGCCCAGCAGCAGCCUGGGACACGCGACCAGCGUCAUACGCAUCUCAAGCAGCCAACAACAACAACAACAGCUGCAACCGUCAGCAGCGGCAACUCAACAACAACAACAGCAACAGCAACAUGUUGUGGCAUCCACGGCCAGCCAUCAGACUUUUCAUCCGGUUAUUGUGAAUGCUGCUGCUCAACAGCAGUCGCAGAUUCAUGCGCAGAAUUCAUUGCCUGUUUCCGUUGGCCAACAGCAACAACAGCAACAACAGCAACAACAGCAUCAACAACAGCAACAGCAACAUCAGCAGCCACUUCCGCCCACAUCGGUUUCGUUUCAUCCGCAUCCGCCAACCACGCCCACUUCCGUAACAGUGGCGUUGCCAACGGCCCAGGACAAGGCAUUGCCAAAAAACGGCUACAAUGCGGCUAGCUACACGUGGCAAAAGCUACUGCCGCAAAUGCCAACCAUGACCAAAGCGCCAAUAGCGACCGCGGUGACAACGGUGACAACCACAAGCAGCAAUUAUAGCGUGGCCAUGCUGCACCAUCAACAACAACAGCAGCAACAAGCGGCUUCCUUGCCGCCGACAAGCACAGCUGCAACACAGCAUCAGCAACAACAGCAACAGCAGCAGCAGCAGCCGUCGUCGAUCAAUCACAACAACAAUCAUUUGAUUGUGCCUGCUCCGCUUGCAUCGCCAGGCAAGCCACUCAACUGUUCAAUGAACGAUGCAAAAGCAGCAGCAGCAGCCGCGGCGGCAGCAGCAGCAACAGCAUCCGCAGCUGGCUCGAUCAGUGGAGCAGAUGAGGCAGAUGAUCCCGAUGAUCAGCUGGACGAUGAUGUAUUUGAGCCGAUGACGCCCUGUGCGCCAGCCAUGUCUAAUGGUGGUCCAAAGAAGGCAGCAACAGCUGCAAUGCGUCUGGCCACAUACAGCCACAGCAACAGCAGCAGCAACAGCAACAGCAAUAUACGCAAACUGGAAGAGUGCCAUGAUGCUAGCGAUGGUGCUGCUGGUGCACCAGCCACCUCGGCAGCCAAGCGACGCAGUCAGUCACUGAGUGCACUGCAGCAGCAGCAGCAACAGCAGCAACAGCAGCAGCAGCAACAACAGCAACAACAGCAGCAACAGCGACAGCAUCAGCAGCAGACGGCGGCAGCGGCUGGCAAGAAAAUUCGUCGGCCGAUGAAUGCUUUUAUGAUCUUCUCGAAGAAGCAUCGUAAGCUGGUGCACAAGAUGCAUCCCAAUCAGGAUAAUCGCACGGUUAGCAAGAUUCUGGGCGAAUGGUGGUAUGCUCUUAAGCCGGAGCAGAAGGCUCCGUAUCAUGAGUUAGCCAAAUCGAUGAAGGAUGCGCAUUUUCAGCUGUAUCCGGAAUGGAAAUGGUGCUCCAAGGAUCGACGCAAGUCGUCCACAUCGGGCAAGGGCGGCCCGAUGGCAGCCACUACGAAUGCCACCGGCGAUGGCAAGCAGCGUCUUGUGUCCGUCGAUGGUUCCGAUUCGCUGGAGGAUGACAUGUGCCCCAGUACGCCCGGUGGCAGCGGCAGCAGCGGUGCCCAAGCGGUCGAGCUGCAAGGCGACAUCAUCCCGCUGACCAUUGACACCUACAACAUGGCGUGCGAUGAUACGCCCACAACCAUCGCUGGCCAGGCACCGGUGUUGGUGGGUGGUCAGGGCAAUUGCAAGGGCAAGUUGCCGAAGAACGAGCUGCCCUCGGAUGAGGAUGAGCAAAUGCUUGUCGUCGAGGAUGAGCCGACGCCGACGCCCAAAAAACUCGAUCUGCAAUGCCGCGAACGCGUCAACGACCUGGACAUGGAUGAAACACCCUACGACUAUCGCAAGCAACAGCAGCAGCAUCCCUCAACGGAACCGGAACAGCGUACGCAGGAGGAUCAUGCGAGUAUGUGCAAUGGCCAGGGGAUGUCAGCGCCAGCGUCCAGUGGUGUGGGAGAGCGUGAAAUUACGCUGAAGCCAAAGGCGAUCAAGGCACACCCGGGGCUGGAGAGCGCCAUGCUGCCGUAUCCACAGAUGCCCAUGUAUACGCACUACACUAGUCCCAAGAAUCCAAUCGGUGUAACACCAUUCCAACCCACAGGCGGCGCCUUCAAAUCGAUGCCCAUCAGUCCCAAGGGCAGCAGCUCCUCCUCCGCUUGCAAAUCGGAUGAGCAGCAACAGCAGCAGCAGCAGCAGCAACAGCUGCAGCAGCCCCACAUCAAGCAGGAGGACAUUAAACAGGAGCCACCAUCGCCAUAUAAAUUGAAUGGCGGCGGCGGCGGCGGUGCUGCUGGUGGGGUGGUGUCCACGGGUGGCGUAAUAAGCGCACCGCCGCCCAGCAGCGCAGUUGGGGCCAUCUUCAAUUUCAAUGUGCCAAUUGCGACGGCUCUCAGCCAGAAGCAAUUUCACUAUCCCCCCAUGCACCACACACUCUGCAGUCCGCCCACAGAUGUCAGAGCCCAUCAGGCCUGUGUGCCCAACUCACCAGCUUCCGUCACUUUGGGGCAUGCGGCCAGCAUUGCCACGCCCCCUGCGUCGGCGCCAGCGCAAAUCCUGGGCACAGCGGGUCCAGCGCCACAACAGAAAAUGUACUUUGCCAUGGGACAUCCGUAUCCACUGCUGGCACCGCCGCAUCAGCAGAACGCGCCCAGUUUGGAGCACCUGCAGAUGGAGGCAUUUGGGCCCACCUAUCUCUUCAAGAAGCACAGUAAUGGCCUGGUGGGUGUACAGGGUGCACCGCCGCCACCACUGCCACCAGUUGGUGCACAGACGCAGAUGCGUCUGCACACCUAUGCGCCCAGCAGUCUCGGCCAGGAGCAGCAGCCGGCUAGUUCGCCCUCGUACAAGUCGAUGCCUUCGACACCCAAAUCGGCCACAUAUCAUCUGAGUGCCGCACCUGAUUCGUCGGGCAAGCGCAGCUGUGAAGCUGCUGAAGAUGCUGAGGAGGAUGUCGAUGUGGACACGGAUGGUCAGCAGUUUGUGUUGGCGCCAACGCCAGCGCAGCUGGGACGUGCACCGCUGCAGCGGCGCAAGAAUUUAUCUCAAAGUAAAUCGGACAACGUGGUUAUCAGCAGCACUGGUGGUGGUAGUGGCUAUGGGUCGAGCAAUGGUCAGCAUAUUGGACGCAAGCUGCACUCGCCCACGCUGAUGGAGGUGGCCGCCUCGUCCCCCGUCAUUGGUCAUGUGAACAGCAGCAGCCUCAGCUCGGCCCUGCCCACGCCCACCUCAUCGACAACGACGCCCAACAGCGAUGAGCUGCAGCCGCUGACGCCAACGGCUUUGAGCAACAACAACAGCGGCAACAACAACAGCAGCAAUUUGUGCGGUCAGGCGGCCAAAUCGCCGAUCAGAUGUGUGCCUGCCUCGGCGCCCGCUGUGGUCAACCACAAGAAGAAGAGUGACAAAAUUAACAACGUGCUCAAGCAAGUGGACUUUGAGAAGAAGUACAAGGCGCUGCCUCAGUUCAAGCCAGAGGAUUGUCAGUCACCCAGCGCCAUUGCUGCGCCAUCGCCGCCUCGUGUCUAUGGCACCAAUUAUCGCAAAAAGAAUUCAGUGGCGCCACCUGUGCAGAAGCUGAUGUGCGAGGAUGAUUCGAUUGAUGAGCCCGCUUCGGCGCCGCCAACAACCACACAGCGUUUCUUUGGCGCCGAUUUUAACAAUGAUCUGAGAGAACUUGAGACGGCGGAUCAAACGGGUCGCUCGCCGCGCACACCAAAAACGCCAUUGCAGAGCGCACGCUCCGAUGCCAGCGAGAAGGGUCACCGCAAGGUGCUCGAAGCGCGUCGCAAUUUAGUCAUGCAACUGUUCACCGAACACGGCGUCUUCCCAUCCACACAGGCCACCAUUGCGUUCCAGACCAAACACAUCGAUGUCUUUCCACGCAAGCAAGAUCUGCAGCUGAAGAUACGCGAGGUGCGACAGAAGGCCAUGGGUCAUCCGCCCUUCACACCUCACUCGGCCGGUCCCAACACGCCUUCCGACUCCAACCCCUCAUCGGCGACACUGAGCGCCAAUCAGACUGCCCAAACUGCAGCAACGUCAGAUGUUUUUCCGUAUUACUAUACAACAGGUAUGCACCAGCAACAUCAACAACAACUCGCUGAGCAACAACAACAGCAGUGUCUGCAACAGGUGAAUCAUCUUAACAAAACAAAUGAACACGAUAACAAGUACAAGUGAGGCAAAGGACGCCGGGACUCAGAAGAGGAUGUCAGAAGAAGACGACAGGAGGAGGGGAUCGAUCAGGAGGUGAACGAAUUGGUUUAGCUGCGAUUGACAAAUUACUUAAAGCUAGUAAACGAGUUAAGGAUAACAAAAUAAUUGCAGCGGCGCACACACACACACACACACAUAGAGACCGAACCGUGUAUGAGGUGCAUGUGAACAACAAGAAAAAUAGAUUAUAUUAAAAGCAAGAAGAAAAUGAUAGAAUAUGCAAGAGAAAAAGUAAAACAGACCACAAAAAAAUUACAAAAAUUCUAAUUGCAAUAGUCGUAUAUGUUACAAGCAUAACAGAGACAGACAGAUAGUAGAGAAAGCAACAGAGGGAGA